CUUGUUUUGAUGACGUGCCUAUACCUGUAGUCCCCACCUUGUACGAAUACUGAGAAAGAUGAAAUAGCUCAGUAAGAAAUAAGCCCGCGUUUACUUAACACAGAGUUCAACCUAAACAUGAAGUUUGUAGUUAUUUUGUUUGUUUUUGUUUUUGUUGCGUUAACAAACGAAGCCCUCGCCACAGAGCAGCACCACUCAAAAUCCGGAGAAGCUGCCGGAAAACAGGAUGAAAAAGGAGCGAAACACAGUGAGUUCAACCACGUCAAAAAAAGUGGCAAAUCCUCGAAACACGACGUUGAAAAAGCCCGAAAAGGACAAUCCCUGAAUGAACUCCACAAAAAAGUCAAUGCGGAAAAAAAGGGAAAGAAGACGAAAUAUCACGCAAAAGAUGGAUACAAGUCCUUAAAUGAACAUAGCGGGGGCUCUGGACACGGGGCCAAAUUCCAGGAAGCGGCAAAAAAGAAAAAAUUGAACUACAAGAAGGGUUAUAGGGAGCAGUACCAUAAAGAUGAACACAAAAAACACAAUACUUUCUACAGCAAUUCUCACAAAAGUGGCGAGUUUGAGGUGUUUGGGCAAAAACACAAAAAGUAUAAUUCGAAAUAUUCGGCCAAAAAACAAGUGGAGAAUCACAAGCUAGCAAAGGAUCAAAAUGAUUACAAGAAAGCGUCGAAGAAAGCCGGAGGACACGACAUGAGUGAGAAAAAGGCAUUCAAGGAUCAAAAAGCCACUAAAAGUCAUCACAACCAUCAAGAAAAGUGGGCCAAGAAAGGCGGGAAAAAGGGUGGUAAACAGUACAAGUACAAAAUUGUCCCUAAGCAAUAGUAAUACUAUGAACGACAGUUAUUUAUUACGAUAUUCGCCUAUUUUGUAAACAAUUAUUAUUUUUGUUAAAUUUAUAACGAUUACAAAUAAACUAUUUAAAAAAAGUCUUAGAA